GUUUCUUCGCUACAAGAAACUUGCUGUCAGAGUGACGGGCGGCGUGGCCAUUUUAAACCCCUUUUAAAGGCUUAAAACCCACAUUUUCCUGUCUAAGGAGGCUCUUGAACCACUUUUGUAGCCUUGCCAACUAUGUGACAGCGUUUCACGCAUACWUUUUGGAGGAAAGACGCAUUUGAAGUUUCUAGAAGUCAACGGUCGCGAGGGCGCUAAAAUGGCUGCUCCGAACAAGAGAGCAUGGAAACUCCAAGAGUUUGUUGCACAUGGAUCCAAUGUAAAUUGCUUGGCGUUGGGRUCCAGUUCAGGGAGAGUAAUGGUGACAGGAGGAGAAGAUCGUAAAGUCAACAUGUGGGCCAUUGGAAAACCUAAUGUUAUAAUGAGCUUCACAGGUCACACUAGUCCAAUAGAAUGUGUUCAGUUUAAUGGUAGYGAGGACCUUGUUUUAGCUGGAUCACAGUCAGGAACCCUGAAAAUAUGGGAUCUUGAGGCGGCAAAAAUUCUCAGAACUCUUACUGGUCAUAAAAGUAGUAUACGAAGUCUAGACUUUCAUCCUUAUGGUGACUUUGUGGCCUCUGGCUCUUUAGAURCAAAUUUAAAGUUAUGGGAUGUUAGAAGAAAAGGAUGUAUAUUUACGUAUAAGGGUCAUACAGACUGUGUAAAUAAUUUAAGAUUUAGUCCAGAUGGUAGAUGGAUUGURUCUUCAGGGGAAGAUGGAACAGCUAAGAUAUGGGAUCUUACUGCUGGGAAGCUAAUAAAUGAUUUUAAACUACAUUCUGGGCCAGUUAACUGUGCGGAAUUUCAUCCUAAAGAGUUCUUGUUGGCAACUGGGAGCAAUGACAGAACUGUUAAAUUCUGGGAUCUGGAGACAUUCCAGCUUGUAUCAAGCACUGAUGUAGAAACAUGUCCCGUCAGAUGUAUAGAUUUUCAUUCGGAGGGGAUUGCUUUGUUCAGUGGUGCACAAGAUUCCCUUAAGAUAUAUGGCUGGGAACCUGUCAGAUGUUAUGAAAGCUUUGCUCUUGGUUGGGGGAAAGUUGCAGAUUUUUCACUUGUCUCAAACCAGUUGAUUGGUGCUGGAUUCCACCAGUCCAAUGUGGCAGUAUGGGUAGUAGAUCUAGGGCACUUAGAAAACCUCAUAGCAAAAGCUAAUGAAGAAAAGAGUGAUGUAGGGAAUUACGUUGGGGAGGUCCAAAGAGAGAGUGCUCCUGUUAUUGAGCAAGUACUGGUCAAAGCCCCAUCCACAAAAACUCCUCCCAGACGAGCCUUUAACACAGAACGGCCACAAACAACAUCAACAAAAACUAAGUCAUCACGUCCCAGCCCUCCAAUAGUAAAAGAAGAACCACCAGAAGAACCAGAGGAAAAAGAAGGAGCCGAUGAAGAUAACAUGGAAGCAGUAUUUCAAGCCAGAACAAAGCUAGAUCGAUCGCCGAAACCAAAAAAGAAACACGAACCGUUCCAAGCACCAAUUGAUGAUACGCCAGCCCCAGCACCUACGCCUGCUCCAGCACCUACACCUAUCAGCAGAGUACCCAUCAUGCCAGAACCUACGAAGCCCAGUCAACCUGAGCCAGUUGCUUUGACCCAGACCAAAAACAUUGUGCCGUCAGAGAGAGACAAGCCAGCAGGUCUGCACAUGUCAGACUUUCUACCGUCUCAAGCUGUGAUCACACCUGAAAUGCCAAUAGAUGUACCCUAUGAUGAUAAUAAGUUUAUUCCUCCGGAACCAAAAAUAUCUGAGGCAGAAUGCCUGGACAUGCUCAACAAGAGCCAUGCAUCUAUCUGUAGUAUCAUGUCGGCAAGACAGAAGAACCUGUCCGUCAUUAAUCGUUAUUGGGUUGAUGGUGAAACAAAAACAGCAGUACAAACAGCAGUUAACAUGAAUGAUCCAGCAAUCUUUGUGGAUGUACUCAAUGUACUCUGCCUUAAACAAUCUCUUUGGAAUCUUGGAAUCUGCAUCCUUAUUUUACCUGAAUUAAAAGACUUAUUUAUUAGUAAAUAUGAAAGCUAUGUACAAGCAGCGGCAUCAGCACUGAAGCUCGUCCUGAAGAACUUUGCUCCAGUUAUCAAGAGCAACAUGUGUGCACCACCUGUUUCUAUAGGUGUUGAUCUUGUUAGAGAAGAGAGAUACCAAAAGUGUCAAACAUGCCAUUCACACCUGAUGGCUAUUCGAAGUGUAAUAUCAAGCAAAACAGCUGUUUCUGGUAAAAUGGGAAGUCUUUUCAGGGAGCUGUCACUGGCUUUUACUAUCCUUGAUUAACUGUAAAUAAAGCAUUGGUACCAGUUGAUGGGCCAGAAAACCCUGGGUCACCAUUUCCAGGAAGGCGCCUCCUCUUUUCCAGGCAGGAAGGCAAGUGAAGUGGUCCAAGAAUUUAAGGUCAGAUAGAAUAAGAUUGUGUUUUAGAUACAUGAAUGAAAAUUCCAUUGGAGGUAUGAUAGCUCUAGCUUGCAUUUAGGUGAUGUUACAUGAGACUAUUUUUACCCCAACAUUGUUGCGUUAAAAGUUGUCCUCUUGUAACAUGGCGCGCACAGCAACACAAAUCAGUGUUAACAAUGUUGGGAGUUUUGAAGGCCAUUCAAAAACCUGCAACAUGUUGCUGCACAAAAUCGUAACCACGUGCUAUGUUACAUGAGAACGAAUUUUGUGCAACAUUGUUGCACAAAAAAAUAUAGUCGUUGAGAAUCGUCUCAUGUAACACAUCAUUUAGUAGGUAGGACACGAAUUCCAGUUUAAUUGCCAAGGACAUGGCUGUUUUGAAUGCCGCUGACAUCCUAUGAUAAAUAAUGCCAGUAAUAAUGGUUAAUGAUUAUUUAAAAACUUUGCCGACAACAUGACAAUGAUAUUGUUAGACAAUAACUUGACCCUAGUGUAUAAACCGCAUGUUGUGAGUGAAGGUAAAAAUCACACACUUAUUUACCAAUAAAUCCUCAUUUGAUGAUAGUUUUGAUAAACUAAUUAAAAUUUUUUUAAAUCCGUGGGAUUACRUCUUAUUAUUUACCAAAUAGGGUACAAUCGUGGAGUAAUCAGUAACUUAUUUUGGCUUUUCAAACUUCAUGGCUCAUAAUUCCAAUAAGAAUAGGUUUAUUUUUCAACUAAGUUACAAAAGGAAUAAUACUCAAGGGAAUGACACAGUAUGAGGUCUAUAGAWAUAGACGUCCUUAUAGUCUGUUCUUUUCUUGCAUCAUCAGCAUUAAUGUAAGAAAAACUUACCGAUUCGUUGCAACUCUUCUUUACCACCGUUUGCAUUACUACGCGGCCACCCCAGACACAAAUCGCGUCGUGUAGUUUGCAAUAGACUGCCGUCAAUCAAACACCUCAUUCUACUUGGAUGUACUCAAACUCUUUGCAAUCGCUUUCUGAACUUUCCUUCGUGAUAUCUGACUAAGAAAGCUUGAUAGAAAAGCCAACUCACUGAUCCAAACGUGUAUAAAUGGCAUCAACAUGAAUGAUUGAUGGCAGUCUAUUACAAACUACAUGACUCAAUUUGUGUCAGGGGUGGCCGUGUAGUAACGCAAACAGCUGUAACACUCACGAUAUGACAAUAAAUUGUUGUUGUUGGAAUAUCUUACUUCAGCCACUGUAAAUAGAUAAAUUGUGCCAUCAAUGUUAUAAUUAUUUUUAAACUAUUCGUGUGCAAAGUUGAGUUAUGUCCAUGAAGUGAAUGCCUUAGAUAUAAUAUCACACCUUGCGAGUUAUGGUAUAUGAUACGGAGAUCAAUAAUUUGAUUGCAGUUUUCUAAUGCUACUUGUUAGCAAUUCCACUGAAAACUGUGCAAUUUAACGACAGUCAACAUUUACAGCACGGUGUUCAAGAGUAUGACCAUAUUUAAUGUAUUUUUAUACGUGCAGGCUUUUUGCUGACAAGGGAGUUUAAUAUAGAGGUAUAUAUAGCUUGGAGUGCCUGUAGUUAGAUGGCAGAACAAUAAAAUCCCGUUGAUUCCAUGAAUUGAAUUCUCUCUCAUGUAAAACAAUUGUAUUGUUCCUGCCAUCUAACAUGGCUGCCAUCACGUGAUGUACAUAACCUCUAUAAUAUACCCCUUAUUUGAUAAAACCAGCCAGCUUCGUAUUGUGUCAGUUUUACAUUCACAAGCCUGUGAAUAAAAGUGUGGGAAUAUAUGAGAAUAUCACAUGUUAAGAGCUUGAUAUCAUUUUUAUUCACGAGUUUCCAUAUGAUAUUGCGAACCCGGGGGGAAUCCAUGAAAAAAGUACCAGGGAUGCCCGUGGGAAAUUUUCAAAAAGACCCCUAAAAGAUACCGGAAGUCUUUAAAAAAGGGCGUAAAAAGCACCUAGGAUAAGCCAUAUCRAUGCGCGCUUCUCUCCUUUUCCGACACCCUAAUAGAUACCAGUAAAUGCUGAUUUUCAAAAAUUCGCAUUUAACACCCUAAAAGAUACCAAAUCGCGAAUUUUUACCCCUAAGAGAUACGACGAGCAUCCCUGGUACUUUUUCCUCAGAGUCCCCCUCCCUGGGAUUGCGAACAAGUAAGUCUGCGAGCAAUUAAGUGAUAUCAUAUGGAAAAGGAGUGAAUAAAAAUGGUAUCAAGCUCUUAACAUGUAAUAAUUCAUGUAUUACCCAUUUAGGGUYGAUAAAAUGACAAACUUUUCAGUUCACCAUGAAGCGAUAUCGUAUCACUUCACUGAUGUGGUUUUUAUUCACAGCUUUAUCACACUGAUAUCAACCCUAAAAGUGUAAUAAAAUUUAUUAUCGUUGGUCAUACUUUUGCAUGUYGUGCUGAAGUUUUCUUUGUCACAAUGUCUUUAUUUGUGAAAAAACAUUUUUAGCAUACCUUUAAUUUAUGACAAAAUGUAUUUACUAAUGAAUAAAGUUUGUGUUUAGUUCUUAA